GACUCACUUCCUGCAUAAACAAAGCCUGCCUGGCUGCCUGUCACUGGGGCUGAACGAACAGAAACCUUUUAAAAUGGCGCAGGCUGGGGUUUUCCUGGAGCACGAUCAGUUCAACUGUUCGAUAUGUCUGGAUGUUCUGAAGGAUCCUGUGACUGUUCCAUGUGGACACAGUUAUUGCAAAGCCUGCAUUACAGGUUACUGGGACCAAGAUGACUAUCUGGGUAUUUAUGGCUGCCCUCAAUGCAGACAGAGCUUCGCACCCAGACCUGUUCUGGGUAGAAACACCAUGCUGGCCGAUGUGGUGGAGAAACUGAAAAAGACAGAGCUCAACGCCGCGGAUAUACCCUCUGAACCGACCCACGCCGAGCCCGGGGAUGUUGAAUGCGAUGUCUGCUCUGGAAAGAAAAACAAAGCCUUUAAAUCGUGCCUGGUCUGUCUGGCGUCUUUUUGCGAAAGCCACGUACAAGCCCACUACGAGUCCCCUGCCUUUCAGAAACACAAACUGGCUUCUCCUUCCAGGAAUCUACACGAACAGCUGUGCCGUCACCACGACAAACUACUGGAGGUUUUUUGCCGCACGGAUCAGCAAUGCAUCUGCUAUCUUUGUUUGACAGAUGACCACAAAGGGCAUGACACGGUUAUGGCCGCAACAGAAAUGAAUGAGAGAAAGAAUGCUCUGGCAGAGAUGCAGAGGAAUACACAGCAAAGGAUUGAGGAGAGAGAAAAGGAGUUGGCAGACCUGAGACGAGCUACACAGAUGCUUACUAAUUCUGCACAAAAGGCCCUUGACGAGAGCGAACGUAUUUUCACAGAGCUGGUCUGCUCCAUAGAGCGACGGCGCACCGAGGUGAAAGAGCUGAUCCGAGGUCAGGAGAGGGCGGCCGUGAGCCAGGCUGAAUCAGUUGUUCAACAGCUGGAGCAGGAGAUAACCGAGCUAAAGAAAAGACAUGCUGAGAUAGGACAACUCUCACAAACAGAUGACCAUAUCGCCUUCCUUCGGAAUUGCAGGUCUCUAUGUGCUCAGCCUGUGUCUGCUGAAGUGGUACCAAGCAUUUUCCAAGACCCAAACUUUGAAACUGCAGUGGCGGCGCUUGUCGAGUUUCAGGCUCUUCUAGAUGACGUUUGCCAGGGAGGAUUUGUGAACAUCUCUGAGAAAGUGAAUGAUGUUACUAUUAUUCAACCAUUGAAACCCAAUACAGAUUCAGAGUCAAACGCAGGAACUGCACUAAACUUUGGGCAAGCUGGACCAAUCCCUUUUACCUUUAGUGUGCCCACAUUUAAUGUAUCUUCAUUCUCAUCAUAUGGAAGUCGAACACCAGGUUCUCGUCAGAGAUUACAGCCACGCAGAAGAAGGAGGUAGCCUUAAGACUGACUGAAGAAACGCCUGAUUAAAAUUCAUGGAGGAUUAUGAUAGAUGCACAAGAUGGUUUUAAAGUUAAUUUUUUUGUAUAUUUUAUUAUAUAAACUAUAAGAUCUAACCACAAACUCUAAGACUGAAAACUAACAUGUAAAUACGUAAAGAUUUCAAUGUAAAAAUCUAAAUCUUAAUAGUAAUUUAAAUUUUUUGUUUAUCUACAGAUGUGCUUUCAGUACAAUAUUGUGUCAUUCAAACUUUUAAUAUGGUUGUGUAAGCUAUUACAGUAUUUUCUUAAGUAUUAAUGCACAUGGUAUAUAGUCUAUGAGAUGGUUUAAAUAAGUGUAAUUGCUUUAUAACCAGGUCUGGAAAUGAGGGAACACAGUGGGACAGAGUACGGGGAGUGAAUUUCGAGGGGAACGGCAAACUGGUUAGAAUUUUCAAAAUGGUGGAAUUGAAAAGGAAUUAUACUUAAUAAUAUACUUAACUUAAUAGCAUUUAAAAAUUACUCCCCAUUAUGAGUUUUUAUUCUAUUAUUUUAUAAUGCAUCAUCAAGCUUGUCACAUGACACUUUAGUCAUUUAUAAAACUAAAGUGGCUGCUCUCUGCUUCUUUCAUUUUUGUUACAUUUUGCACUGAAAUAUCAUCAAAAGCUCUACAUACACAUUUACAAAACUCUGUGCAUGUUUACUAACGACACAAGCAGCGGACUCUGACAUUACAUUAGUUUGCGUCAGUUGAAACCCGUAAUUUCUCCUGCUUGCAUUUAAAAAAUGCUCAAAAGCAGAAGGACUCGCCAACAGACCACCCCCUCAGUAAUCAGGACAGAAGUGGUCAAAAGUGGACAAAAGAGACGGAUUAAAAUACCAGAUUAUCUUGACCACUUGCAAUCCGAUUGAAUAAAAGGCAUCUUAAUAUUAGGUAUAAACAGCCUAAAAGUCAUCUAAAAUUCCCCAAACUAUAGUCCCCCAUUGAAUUUCUGCCAUUUCCAGGCCUGUUUUUAACUGAUGCUAUUCAUGUAUUUACAAACGUGUUGAACAUGUUGAUUUUAGCCUCAUUAUGUCAGAUCCUUGAACAAUGUUGGUAUUGAAUUGUAUUUUGAAAAUUGAAAGUGCAAAAUAUUUUUCAUACCUUGAAAAAUAAAAGUUUUGUCAAUGCAA